AAUGAGAUCGGACCGAUGAAGAAAUAGGGCGAGUUAUCUGAGAACGAGGCAUCGUGAGCACGAAAGCGCUGCAGCAAAAUAUGCUGCAAGUAAUCAAGGUGAAAGGUUGGAUCCUGUAGCUUGUGUAAUCAACAUCAGCCCUGGGCCUACGUAAUAUGUAUGGGCCAGGUACGGUACCGGUCCUGUGCGUGUGAAGCGUAAACACGGCAAUUUGAUGUGUUGAAUUGGAGGAGGAUGCUAGUGUCGUUGACGUAAAUAUUACGGUAUUUUGCAAAGCGAGCUGUGCCUGAUUCAGGAAACUUUGGGUUUUUUCGCUCUUCAUAUCUUCUGCAAAUGAAAGGACGCAGUUAAUGGGUUCUAGAGAAUCUUCACAUGUCGCUGAAAGGAGAACAAUGGCUGACGAAUCAGAAGAUUAUUCGGCAGUGCUUGCUUAUCUGCUCAGGAGUGGUCAGAUCCGACUUCUCUCUCCCCAUUCUGCGGGUUUUCUAGAUGAUAGCGAUGACGAUGAUUACAUUGAAUGCUGUCCUGAAAGUGACCCUUCUCCAGAUACAAGCAAGAUUGAUGCAAGUGAUCUGAAGCAGGAGAUGCUAAUUCAGGCAGGAGUUACCCACAAUGCAUCACUUCCGUCAACGUCACAUGUCACACAGAUGCUUCACAAGAGGCAACUUGGAAACUGUUGCAGGAAAGGAUUCACCCAUAAUGAUCGCUCUCAGGUUGGGGCUGUCUUUCUUCCAAACAACCAGCGUUCUGUUGCUCACUUCCCUGCCAAGGUCUUCUGUGGAACCUAUUCUAUGGAUGGUUCUGUCUUCUUAUCAGCGUGUCAGGAUCAGGUCAUCAGGAUAUAUGAUGUCAAGAAUGGAUACUUCAAGAAAUUCAAAGAAGUCAGAGCUAGAGAUGUAGGAUGGAGUGUUCUAGAUACAGCCUUUAGCCCUGAUGGCAACUACCUCAUUUAUUCUAGUUGGUCUGAGUGUGUGCACCUAUGCAACAUCUAUGGUGAUUAUGAUACCCAUACUGCCCUUAACCUACGCCCAUCAACAGAGGGCCACUUCUGUGCCUUCUCCAUACAGUUCUCAAAUGACAAUAAGGAGAUAUUGGCUGGAGCCAAUGAUGGUUGUUUAUACAUCUAUGAUAGAGAAAAGAAUGACAGAACAUUGAGGAUAGAGUCCCAUGAAGAUGACGUGAAUGCGGUCUGUUUUGCAGACGGUAGUUCACAGAUCUUAUUCUCAGGUGGUGAUGAUGGACUGUGCAAAGUGUGGGAUAGACGUACGUUGAGUGAUUCAAACACUAAACCUGUAGGAGUUCUAGCUGGUCAUAUGGAUGGUAUUACAUAUAUUGAUUCAAAGGGUGAUGGCCGACACCUGAUUACCAACUCUAAAGAUCAAUCCAUUAAGCUAUGGGACAUUAGGUGUUUCUCAACUAACAAUGUGGUGGAGGCAAGUCGACGGGCCGUUGCUCAACAGCACUGGGACUAUAGGUGGCAGCAGGUACCAAAGAAAUCCAAGAGGAAGAGGGGGGUGAAAGGUGACACAUCUCUGAUGACCUAUCGGGGGCAUGGAGUUCUUCACACGUUGCUGAGAUGCAGGUUCUCUCCUCAAUUCACCACUGGACAGAGAUAUGUGUAUACAGCUUGUGCUACUGGAGCUGUUGUCAUCUAUGAUAUUUUAACAGGCAAGGUGGUCAGUAAGCUACCAGGUCAUAGCCAGUGUGUCAGAGAUGUAUCAUGGCAUCCCUUUGAAAACAAGAUUGUUAGUUCAGGGUGGGAUGGCAGUCACAUGAUCCAUUACUACAAGAGAGCUCGUACCUAUGAAGAUGAUGAUUCUUCCGAUGAAGACUAUUUCCCAGAAUCCAGCAGUGAGGACGAUGAAGAAGAUGAUAUCUUUGAACCCUUGAGACGUCCUAGACAACGGCGCAGCAGACGUUUGGCAGAGCAACGAAGACAGAGAUCGCCUCUUGGCUGCCUUUGACAAUAGAACUUUAACAUCUCUAAUGGAAUCAUGAACACUGCUAUAGCCAUGAGUGAAGAGUGGUUCCUGGUAGAGCAGUGAAGAUCAAGAUCAUAUCUUUGCUGCAUUCGAUGGUAGAACCUCUGCAACUGCAAGGAACCGUAAAAUCAUGCAUAUGUGAACAGAAACGCAUGAAAGAGCUUCAAAUGCAAAGACCAAGUUCAAAGAUUGUUGCCUUAAAUGCUCAGAAUUUAACAACUUGAUUCAAACCAUGAAUGAUGUUAUAGCCUCGUGUGAACAAUGAAACUUUGCAAAGCUGUGAAGGCAGGGAUCAUAUCUUACCUGCCUAAUAUGAUGCUAGAAUCAUAGCAACUCUAAUGAAAUCGGGAACGCUGCUAUAGCCAUAUGUGAGUAGAAAUGCUUGGUAGAGCAGCAAAGGCUUGAUCAUAUCUUGGUCUGGGAUUGAAUACUAAUCUUUAUCUACUCCAUGAAUGGUGCUGUAUCCAUGUGUGAACAGAAUUAUUGACAGAGCAGUGGAGAUCAUUUCAUAGCUACCAUCGAUGGUAGAUGUAAAACCUUUAGUACCAACUCUCAUGAAACCAUGAGCGAUACGAAAGCCUUGUGAGAAUGGACUUACCCGUCAGUCAAGUCCAGAUCAUGGUGAAUCAAGGAUAGCUUUAUUAUUCCUCUCCAAAGUCACGUCUGACAUGUGGGAGGCAUAUUACAUUCUUGUUCAACUGAGUUGUUUGUGCAGGCACUUGGAACAUAUGAAGUUGACUGUGUUGCUAUUAGAAAACAAUGGGUGUAUAAUGCUGUGGUAUUAUAAAAAGAUAAAAAGCUAUCAUAAUCUCAUACAAAUUGUAAUCAGAUUUGAUGCCUUUUUGACAGUGACCAAAGCCUCUUCAAUGUUGCCUUGCAUUACAAAGAUGCAUGUCUUGAAUGGUGUUUGUUUUAGGGAAGGGCUCUUUAAGGAGUCAAGAGAAAAAACAAGGUGGAAAAAAGCAUGGCUGAAAUGGCCAGUUUUCAUAAAAACGUAUAGAGCGCUGCCAUUUCGUGUAGGGAUCUUAAAAACUACUAAAAUAGCUUUCUUAUAGAACUGGGUACUGUUUCACAAAAAUGUCAUUAGUACAAUUUCGCCAAAAUCCCAUUGAAUCGUGUACAUUAAACUAAUUUUGCGUUUCAGUGGGAUGUCUGUGAACUUAUACUUAUGACAGUUUUGUGAAACGGUCCCCUGUUUUUAAUGCGAUGCCCUAUAAUUCUAUUGUAGUAGCAGAGUUGAUAUUUGUAUUGCUGUAUAUAAUAUAAGCUAUACCAUUUCAGUUUCAUGAUCAUCAGACCAUGUUUGUUCAUUGAUAUGAUUUUAAAAUGAAUAAGGGCUGUGCAUUGACUUUUAAUUUUGAUAAAAGUACUCAGUACCUGCUAGAAAUCAUAUAGUACAUACAGCUUUGGAUAUAUUGUGAUAGGAUGAUUCUGUUGUAAUCUGUUAUGUGAUACCUGGGCCCUGUCUUACAUAGACUUGAUAUCAAUCGCAACUAUGUACAUGUACCGGUACAUAAAAGAGACAGAAGACUGCAAACUUGCGAUUGAUUGGAGGACUUGCGAUUGAUUUGGAGCAAUCGCAACUCUUUGUAAAGCGUGGCCAGCAAUACAUUCAUUGCUUUGACCAGUGAAGAGCAAACAUUAAAUAACAAAGUAUCAAUCACUUGUCCUAUAUGUAUAGAUAGGAGCCCUAUAAGGGCGUUACAUUUUGCUAUGAAAUUUGUAAACAACAAACAUCUAAACAAAAUAAUAAAUUUGUAGAGUGAUUAAUGAUUAAAAUGUGCUUCUCUAUAUGCAAAACAUUAUAAACUUGGAGAUCACAAACAUAAUAUGAACAAAUAUAAAAACCUCUGUAAGAAAAGAUGGGUCUUAGGGUAUCCUUAAAAAGGUUCGAGAGAAGAUAUGUUCCCUAUUCCAAAAACAUUUCUAAUAAUCUAUACUUAUCAUGGAUACAGGCCUUUAUUAUACCAUGGACCUGUAAUUAUACAUAGUUCUGUCAUAUUAAUUAGAGAAAAAAACUUCCUGUUUGUGAUAACUUAUGUUUAAAGAUCUGGUCCCAUACAUGACCUACUUAUGUUAGUAGAACUUCUUUAUACUGGUAAUUUGUGUUUGAAAUUAUGUGCUUUCUAAACUGUGUGCAUUACAAGACCCUAUUUGUGUACAGUAUGAGAAAGGCUCCUCAUAUUGAGUUGGAAUUUCCAUGGAAUAAAUAUUUGCAUGAUAUUUGCAGUAUAUCUGAAUGAUUGUUGUUUAUCUGUAUGUAUGUGUCACGUUUUGUGGGUCUUUGCAAGUCACAAUACUGCAUGGAAAAUAUCCUCUUUAACCUUCCCUUUGUAAGUUUCUUUUAUUUUCAUCAUGUUUCAGAAAGUAGAUAUCACAUAAAUGUUACUUAUGUGAAUUAUUAUAGAUGUAUGAAUUUACAUUUUAUAAACAAUCCCUGUUUUUGACCAAGUGCUUAAUUCUUAAUAUUACACUAUGUUAUGGUUGUCCUAAUUUGACUCUGUUGUAUGAGUUUCGAACAAGAUUUGAAUAAAUCGCAAUAUAAAGUUCAUUUUCAAUUUAAAGAAUAGUUUCCACUGAGUAAUUGAGACAGAUAAACCAAUAAAUCUUGAGCUAAAACAUUGAUUAUAAUUAUGGAAGGUUUAAGGGUUUUGCUUUCUAUUUACAUUAUGUGGUAAAUAACUUGGUGACUUAAGCUCACGCACGCCAGCUAUUCUCCACUCCUGACGACAGAUAGUCAACCUGUUCCAAACGUCGAGCCACUCAUCCUCUCCAAGCGCUAUAGUUCUCCUGAGAACUAUAUGCUAAGAAAGAUAACAAACAGUCCUUUUCAGGACUACACUCCUCCAAGAAAGAUCACCGAUUCAGAGUCCUUUUCAGGACUCCUCAAACCUCUCUCUCUCUCUCACACAUGGUGCACCCGCAAACCUACUGUAUAAAUAACUUGUAGUAUAACAUUGAUAUACCAUUUUAUUUUAUUUGUAUAUUGGCAUGUAUUUGAAAGCCUAAGCGUUUAAGCAUUUAAUUAUCUUUUAUCUAUCCUAGUUCUUGUCAGCAGAUCCCUUGCAAGAAUAUAUUUUACUGUAUAUAUCAGAGAGAAAGCUAGGGGCUAUGCAAGUAAUCUAUUCUUUUGCCAUUUUAAGGGAUCUACACAUGUAUAUUGUAAAUAUAUAUUGUUGAAGUUCAACCACAUUAGCCACUCAUAGGUAUAUCUGAGUACAGCUUCAGAUGAAUAUUUUUUUUGGAUGUUGACAGUACUUGUUAUUGCCAUCACUACAAGUUCAUAGGCAGUUUAGAUGUACCAAAGAUGUCUAUUAGUGUGGUGUCUAAAUCUACUUUUGAAUGACUGCAUGUGUCUUUUAAUUAGAAAGGCGCCUUAUGUGAUAUGCUUUCGUAUUGAAUUCAUGAAGCCCUUUCAAAUGACAAGUAAUCAUAUUUAUUUGAAAUUUAAAAUUUAGAGCAGAAUUCACUUCAGACUCGCAUUAGCUAUAUGCUUUACAAAUUACCCCUGAUAUAAAUACAUUUGCUUAAUACAGUAUAACUAUAUUAACUAAGAAGUAAUAAGCAGUUGAGCCCUUUAUCUCCCCUUUUUUAAAGGGAAGAAUCCUAGUUGUAGAAACCUUGUAAUCCAGCCUUUUUUUAUUUUAUUUUCUGUCAUAUUAUUUCACACUGUAGGCAUUGGAAUUGCAGCUGAAUUGAAACAUUCUGACCUCUCGUGCAAAUUCCAUUUGAAACUUAUUGAAGGCAGAAUUAUGAAUAGACCAACAAGGAAAUGCAUUGGCUUGUUAAAUAUUGUGCCUUACAGAUGAAAUUGUGAUUAAUAUAUAAAUCCUUUUAAUGCUACUCAUAGUAUUUAUGAUGCCAGUGGAAUUUUUCGAUAGAUUUCUUCCCCCAUAAUUCUUAAUUGAUAUAAGUUUUGCAGUGUAUUGUAUUUUCAUUCAUGAGAUGCAAUUUUAGAGACACAGUGAUGUAGAAAUCCUAUGUUUAAGGAAUUUAUACUUGAGAGAAAAUCUACUCUCACUGUUUUAUUGUGCGGAUGUAGGUAAAAUAUGUGUGAAAUUUUUAAGCAUAAUGACAACAAUUCAACUUGUAAAAAAAAAAAUGCCUUCUCUUUGUAUACGGUACUUGAAUGCUAUGUCCAUUCAAUAAUCACAGAUAGAGAAUAUGUCAUUGUAAUGGAACUGAAAAUCAUUUUUAUUUUCAAACUUUACAGUGUCACCAAGUUACAUCUCUUGUAAAAUAUUUUGAAUUCCAAAAAGAAACAAAUUUUUGUGUCAAGUAAUAUUAGAUAUUAUCAAAAUUAAACAGUUAACUGUCGCAUGAGUUGAAUUUCCCUAAGUCAAAUUAAUAUUUUGGACCAAGCUAUGCAAAACAUGAUAUUUACACUUCGUAAGUCAAAUAGUUUCUUGCAGUCCCAAUGGAAUCGUCUUUUACAGAGUUAACUGUAUAUUAUUUAUUAUCUCUCCAUUUAACUUUGAACUGAUAUUUUCCUGGAUGACUGACUGUAUACAUGCAAUGUUUAACAUUUAUUAUGUUAUCUGAUCAUUUAACAUUUGAAUUCAGCAUGCAUGUUUUCCAGAAUAUUAUUUGACAUGCAUUUUUCAUACACUUCUAAAUUUGACAUAUAUCUGAGUAUCUUGCAAUCCUGCAAAGAAUAUAGGAUUUUGAUGAAUAUAUGAAGAAAGGAAAUAUUUUCCUCUUCAAAUAUAUCACCUUUGGUAUGUUUUAGCAUUUAUGUAUUGAUGAAACUUUUCUUCAAUAUGUUGAACUUGCCUCUUUUACAAAGAGACUAUUAUACAGAUAAAAAUUUAAAAGUUAAAAUACA